CAAACAAACAACCUUGAGCACAUGACGACAAUGAGACAUCGGGUCGCAAACGCCUCCUUCGCAACUAGCCUUGGUGACAAUAAGGUGCCGGCGGCUGCACCUCACGCGGGCAUGUUCAUGUAUAUUAUUAUAUACCUAUGUAGGUAGGUAUGUAUUCGUACAUAAGUACCUACUUAGAUUUAAUAACUAUCGAAUGUUUUAUUUCUCAUCAUAUCUUCAUCUUUUCAUCGCAUCGCAGUCUUGAUGUUUUAAUAUAAUAUACAUUUAACUAACCACACGUUUGGAUGUACAUAUGUACAUGAUUGUCAUCUUGGCCCUUUUUUGACCCCUGGUGCGCCUCCAUUGUUCUCGGAAGGCAUAACGACGAUAUCGAGGCUGAGUCUAUUGUGCCGACCCGCGCCUAGCUUUUUGGCUUCGUCACCCACUACUGGCUGCUACUUCUUUCUUUUCCAUACAUUGUCCACUUAGGUCAGCUGCGACUUGUUUUGGAAGUCACGUAUUUUAGAACUCUAGCUUCCUACCUUCUCUUAACUACUUGGAAUAUUUUGUAUCUUGUCCACCUUGUCCAUCUUGUCCAUCUUGACUAAGCUUUGUACACUACAACUACAUACACCACAUACCUACAUUACACCAUAUCCCCUACAACUAUCACCUAUAACUACAACCGACAGAUGAGCCGGUACAGAAUACUUGGCACAACUUUUGCAAAAUGCUCGACGAGAACUUACCAACCUUCUUCUUCAGACCCUCUAAUAAUCCGCUAUGUAGGAUCUUAUACUUCUCUCAAAAUGGCUCCGAGCCGGCACCUGAAUACUCACUGCAGAAAAUAAACCCGGACCUCCCCCAGUCCAGGAAUAAGUACGCCGUGGCCUUGGGAGACGCGAGCUUUCAGGAUGUAAUCUUAGCCGAGGUCCUGAUCGAGCCCGAAUUUCAGCAGCCUACUCUGUCCGCUGCCGAAAUCAGACAACAGAAUGGUGUUCCACCCCCACCUGUACCUUUGAUCCCUGACGGAUUUGCCAUACAGCUCUACAACCCGGAGCAGCAGGUUGUGGUGAAGGGUGAAAAGAGCACCUGGACCGGGAAAGAGUCGUGGGAAUUUGAAAUGCCUCAGCAGAGCUUUCGCAUGCCCUCGGUGUCUAAAGUUGAUCGCCAGCAGAAUGACCCUGUCGCAAGUAGUCUCACACCCAAAAUCAUGUUCAGGUGGAAGAGAGAUAGUAAGUUCUCUAAGGACAUGACAUGCUACAUGACAGGCACAUCAGUCGGUGGCAAGAAGAGCAAGGACCCGGAUAUUACAAUAGCGUUAUAUAAAAGCGGGAGGGAACCUAGUGUCACCAUUUACGAGCCGAAUCUUCAGAGGGUAGAUAUAGAGGAUCGCAAAGGUCUCGAAGUCGUAUUGCUGCUCGGCGCUGAGGUCAUUCGCGAGAUAUACUUAUUCCCCAACCGGGACUCGUUCAAUAUUGCAGGCUCGGCAAAUAGGCGCAAGAACUCGCGGCCUAGUCCAACCUCAUCUACAUCACCACGUCUUAUGACCGGCGCAUUCGGCAACCUCCCUCCCGCAAAGACCACUUCCCCCGUCACCCAACAGCCCACACCUCCUGCAGAAUCUAGUAUCGACGUCGAGACCAAGCGUCUACAGGCCUUAGUCCAGCAAGAAGAGCGUGAGCGCGAGAAGCGGGACCGCGCAGAGCAGAAGCGCAUCAAGAAGAUGCUUGAGGAAGAGGAAAAAGUGCGCCAACGUCGUGAUGCUGAGGUCGCCAAGGAGACGGAGAGGCUCCGGAAGGAGUUUGGCAUAGAAGGCCAGGACUUUGGCCCGAAACCAAACCUACCGCCCCGACAAUCCGUCGCUGGGCCCAGCCGCACGCAGCUACAACCACCGGUCCCACCGCCGCGGCCCGUGAGCGCGGGACCGAAACCGCAUUCGCACGGAGGAGGGUUCAGCAGCUGGUUCCAUGGUGUGGGACCUACGCCUGGUGCUCCUAUGCCGCAGGCUUUGGGGUAUGGGUAUGGGUACGGGUACGGGCAGCAGUUGCAGCCGAAUUCGGGGCGGAGGAGGGGCGGGAGCGCGGAUAGUGGGACUGGGAGCGGAAGCGGGAAGAUGUUGAAGAAGAAGAGUACGUUGUUCUGAGGAGUAUAUAAGUAAAACUGGAUUUGGGACUUGAGACGUAUGGUGGGGAUUAGGUGGUAUUAUAGAAACUCAAGUUUGAACAGGCUGGAUCUAGGUCCGGGGAGGUUUAGGGCUGGGAAGGAAGGCGAGUGCGUAGGUAUUAAGGAAUACGUGAUUUUAAUGAUACCCAUGAGAAUUUUGGUCUGUCUUUUGUUUUCCGGUGAAUUUGCUGUGGUUGGGUCGAACGGUGUCGUGGAUUAUGAAUUGCAGAUACCUAAAAUCCCCAUCUUUAAGGGGUGUAGUAAUUAUAUGAGUCCACACAGUAAUGACCAAGAAUUCUUUGGAGAAACACUUUGAGGUUCUGCCUAGAUGGCAAAUCUAUUAAUAUCUCACUUCCUUCUGGGCACCUGGGCAGCUUCAAGUCUCGAUCUUGACGAGUGAUGUUACUAUCACUGAUUCUAAGAUUACACUUUUGGUUUACUCUGGAUAUUUGCUACAGCCCAUCUAAGCACCUAGUCUAGAUUCUCGAUUAAAUAGAUAGGCGUGAAACCUCCAAUGCCCUAUGGAAUCAGGUGGUUUCUUCUACUAUCGAAAAUGACCCAGUCUGGCUCUUGAUGAAACUACUUACUAUUAUAUAUUCGACUGGCAUUUGUAGCGUCGACUGUAUCGAACAUAUUUUAGGAUCGGG